AUGAUCGAAGAAUUGUACGUACGAGACGGAAUGCAAGAUGGACGGCGGAUACGGAUCGAUGAGUCGAGUCUGUUCGGAGUCGAGAUACAUAGAUCAGGAACCGCUGUGGAUGAGGAUGCCAUCAUGUCUUUGAGUGUAAGCGUAAUCGAUCAUUGUCCAUUGGCAGUCGCCUCAAUCAUCUCCAUGACCACACCCACCUCCUUUCCGCUACUCGGCCACGCACUGCUUUGA